AUGGUGAAAGAACCAGAGGCAUGGGAGGAGAAAGCGGCAGUCAAACGAGCAGUGACUGUGGCAAAGAUCCCGGAGGAAUGGCGUCUCACCGAAGAGCAGAUCAAUGAUGCAAAAACCCAGAGACAGCUAGCCGGUGCAUAUUUCCAGGGCUUUCUUACCGAGGAGGAGAGGAAGAUUACCGGCGAAGAGAGCACCGAGAUCGUGAGCAAGAUCAAGAGCAAGGAGUACUCUGCUCUUCAAGUCGCAGAAGCGUACUGCAAGGCUGCUGCCGUUGCCCACCAGAUGACCUCAUGUCUCCAUGAAGUGUUCUUUGACCAGGCACUUGAGAGAGCAAAGUAUCUGGAUGACUAUGUGGAGAGGCAUGGGAAGACCAUGGGACCACUACACGGCCUGCCCAUAAGUCUCAAGGACCAAUUCCAUGUAAAAGGAAAUGAUACCACCAUGGGCUAUGUUGGCUGGAUCGAUACAUUUGAGGGAGACAAAGGCUCUGAUAAGGUGCAUAACUUCGAUAGCCCGAUUGUCACGGAUCUUCUUUCACUUGGAGCUGUGCUAUACUGCAAGAUCGGGGAAACUGAGAACCAUAUCAUCGGCCGUGUUCUAAACCCAUGGAACAACAACCUCUCGUGUGGUGGUUCAUCAGGAGGAGAGGGAGUGAUGCUUGCCCUUGGAGCCAGCUCUGUUGGGCUCGGAACUGACUUUGGGGGGUCUGUUCGAGUUCCUGCUGGAUUUUGUGGUGUCUAUGGACUGAAGCCCAGUCAUGACCGACUUCCAUACAGAGAUGUUGCCAACACCAACCCCGGGCAAAACACAUAUUCUUCCUCCAUUGGAGUUUUAUCAACGUCUCACGAUUCCAUCCAGUUAAUGAUGAAAUCCAUCCUUUCUACCCAACCGUGGCUCCGGGAUCCAGUCGUUUUCAGUGUCCCAUGGAGAGACGAUAUUGUAGCCGAAAUUCUUGCCAGGGUUACUCCAGAUGGUUCUGCAAAGAGUGAUCAGAAAUCACUCAAGUUUGGUAUCCUUUAUACAGAUAAUAUAGUAACCCCCCAUCCUCCGGUCACAAGAGGGCUUCAUGUCCUCGAAGAUGCACUCAAAAAGGCCGGGCAUAAGGUUGUCUCUUGGAACCCACCGCCGCAUAGCACUGCCAUUAAAAUUCACCUGGGGUUCAUGUCAGCAGAUGGCGGUAAUGACAUCAAGAAGCAACUUGGCCUGUCUGGGGAGCCACCCAUUCCCCAGAUUAAGAUGCUUCUUGAGGACAAAGAGCCACUACCUCUUUUGGAGUAUCAGGAUCUGAUUCUCCAGGGCAUUGAAUAUGCCGAAGCGUACGCUGAUUAUUGGAACUCGACUGCCCAAGAUGACGGGCAAGUUGUGGAUGCUAUUAUUGCUCCAUUGGCGCCGUGGGCAGCGGUUAUUCCAACCAAAUAUUACCAUACAGCAUACACCCAGGCCAUCAACCUUUUGGACUACAGUGUCUCCGUAGUUCCUGUCACUAUCGCGGAUAAGAAUGUCGAUAUUGCGAACCCUGAUUAUGAACCUAUUAGUGAACUUGACAAAGUAAAUUGGGAGUUAUACAACCCUGAAUUGUUCGACGGGACCCCGGUUGGUAUGCAAUUUAUUAGCCGAAAGCAUGAAGAAGAGAAGAUUUGGGCUAUUGGGAAGGUCGUUGACAAUAUUUUGAAGAAAACCAAGAGCUGUUAG